UAAAAUACCACUAGCGAUAUCUACGUUAAUUCAGGGUAAAUUCAACUAGUUAAAUUAAAAACGGUCGACUGCUUAAAGUUGUAACUGGUUGUAACCGUUGUUAGUUGUUUCGCUGAAUCAACGCUCAUCACAUCCCUAAUCGGAACCGGUCGGAAAUCGGUAAGUCAAACGAAGUCUAGAAUUUACCGAAACGUGAAUUUGUAUAAUUCAAUCAGUUUUUAGUCUUAUAUUCGUAUCAUUAAUAUAAAAUAACAACAUUAGAACAAUCAUGACAAACGAAACUGCCUGCCCUCCGCCAGUUUUGUGGGCACAGAACAAAGAAGACGUUUUUCUAACAUUUAACGUUGAGGCUAAAGAUCCGGACAUUAAAAUAGAGAAAAGCACGGUUUAUUUUAAUGGUAUUAAUGCACGAGACAAUAAAACAUAUGAAGUUACAAUACCUUUACACGAUGCUGUUGUACCCGAAAACAGUAACUUUGUGAAUAAAGGUAGGUGCAUAGAAAUGGUGCUUCGCAAAGAAAAUGUGACUGGUCGUUUUUGGUCCUCACUUACGAGUGAUAAGAAAAAACCACAUUAUUUGAAAAUAGAUUUUAACAAGUGGUGUGAUGAGGAUGAUGAAGAAGUCGAGGAUACGGGAGCUUUAAAUGUCAAUGAAAUGUUGGAGGCUAUGGUUGGCGACAGAGGUGCCGGUGAUAAGAAACCAUCUUUUGAUGAUUUAGAAAGUGACUCCGAUGACGACAAUUUGCCGGAUCUAGAGUGAAGUUAUUUGUAGCGUUUAGUGCCUUAAAAUACAGUUCAUUGUGUAUGUUAAGGUUUACACAGUUUUUAAGUACCUAAUUUUCUUCAUGUUACCAGGUGUAAUAAUUGAACAGAACAUGUUUUGACUCAUUAAACUUUUGGUUUUGUAAUAAAAACAUACAGAUGGACAAAUUAUGCUUAUGAUUAGUUUCAUUAACUUUUAGUUUCAUUUUCUUCAUCAUUCAUCCAAGUUCAAGUCAUUUCUUUUUACUUAUCUUUUUUUAUAUAAUUGGGGAACUAUUUUAAUAGUAGAUAGAUUUAUUGUGCUUGUUAUGAGCAAAAACUUCCACAAAUGUAUCAAUAAAUUUCAAAUGUUGCAUCAUUAAAUUUAAAGUAACAUGAAAUGAAACUUAUAAUUCUUACAUAAAACUAUACUGGAUUUGUUUUAAUUUGCACCCAAUCUGCAUGAAAUAAUUGUUGGCCUAUCCAUAAUGUACUCUGACGUUACUUGAGAAUAAAUGUAAAAAUAUA